CGUACUUGCUUGUGCUUGUGAUAUGCGCAAUAUGCGCUGUUAUGAAACAAGUGCAUGACAAGUGUUCGGCGUGACGAGUUUAUCCGAGUUCAUUGCUUCUCAGUCACCUUACGAAACCCCGGGAAUUGACAUUAGCCCUUGCCCCGCACACCUGCCGAAUUUCGGAGCUGGCUGGCUCGAUACUACGGAUGGUCAGAGCGUGCGGACGGUCAUCUCUUCUUGGAGCCCAGCAGGCAGAUCAAGGAGGAGGGCGUGAGUUUACUCGCUCGGCUAUCUGCCUCGAGAAGGGCUGCAAAGCAAAAACUGUGCUGUAGGAAGAAACCCAAAUGGUUUCGUGAGGACGCCCGCAUUGUGCGGACGAGUGCGCGAGUACGUUGCGAAUGACAGUUGCUCGCCGUACGCAGUGCUAUUAGUUGGUAUCCGCACUACGGCGGCCGUAUCGGUCAUCCACCAUGAGUGUGGAGAACCGUCCUCCGAACUUGGAGAACCUCGACAACUGCGCGUCCAAGCUUCGGCGCGCCGAAGAGGCGGACGCCAACGGCGCGACGAGCGGCGACGAGGCACCGAGCCCGUCGGUGUCACCGUCGAUCGACGACGACACGCCGACGUCUGACGACAUGCCGGACGCAAUGACGGCGUCGUACAGCGAGAUCUACCAGGAGGGAGACGACGAGGACGACGACCUGCUGCCAGGCGAGAUCUCCGACUUGGCCGAGGUGCAGGACGCCACGCAGGGCAUCAACGAGCUCGUCGACCAGAUCAACCGCGAGGAGCGCGAGGGCGGCGCUGCCUCGGCGCGUGCAAACUACAGACCUCAGAGCCUGGGCGUCAAGGUGUCCAAGCCGCACCAAAGUAGCCGUCUUGCCUCUGCGAUGACGGACAGCCAAAUCACCAGCCCUGGCUCGUCCAUGAUGAGUGCCGAGGAGGUGUUUGAGGACUCGCCACUCCAGCGGCACGCUCACGGAGUUGCCGGCGGCACGGGACUGUCCGAACUUGCUGGGACGCUCACAUACGAGGGCGACAUGGUCAGCUUUGUAGCCGAAGACCUUCAGGAGAAGAUCAAGCUAAGCAGCCCCGUCAGCAAGGCAGCAGAGCCGUUUCCUUCGUCGUGCUCCUCCACGUCGAGCCUGUGUCGGCAGAUGUUUGGGCCGCCCAUUGCCCCCAUUGAUCCGAGUGCCUUGGCCGACCUGGAAGAAGAGGCACGCACGGUUGCUGCCUCGGUCGAGACGCUGCUGGAGAGCCUCACCACAUCCAUGCACGGGAUCUCGGCCAUGACAGUGGACUGCAUGAGGCUGUACGAGAGAGGUAUCUCCAGGACUUGCGACAUGGCAGAUUCCAACAUCAAGGCGAUGUACCAGCUGAUGGCCAAGUUUGAAGAGCUGAGCAACUCCAUACGACCGCUGGACGGCCUCGUAGCAGAAGUGAAGAGCAUCAAGAAGCUGCUGGACCACUUCGAGAAUGCCGUGGAGGGCAGGAUCUGAUCAGCAGGAAGAGUGUUGUUGCUGUAACAUAGGAUUCCUUAUUUAUACUUAACUUGCACAAGGUCAAAAUAAAUGGCCCUUACAGCCAA